AUGUCGCAAGUGCCCCUGCAACGCGGCCCGUGCGUCGUGGCAGUUUUGGUGCUGCUCUGGAGCGGCGGCUUGGCCCAGUUGCAGGUGCAGGCUCAAAGUGGAUACAACUAUGGGCGACCCGAGGUGGCGAAUGUGGGUGGUGCCACGGCUGGAGGUCGCUUGACUCCUGCUCCGUAUCCCACCGCCGCCGCCAUUCCACUGACUCCUGCUCCGGCCACCACUGCGUAUGGAGCGGGCUUGUUUCCCUCCCCAGCCGUUGGAUUCACACCCACUGGCCAGGCCACCACUGCCUUCGGUGCCCCCGCCGUCGUGGGAUCCAGUGGCGCAGUCAGUCAGCCGAGGAGACCUUCGCCCGGUGGAAUACCCGCUCCAUCGUCACGAGGUGGACCCUACGGACCGCAGACCUCGCAGUAUGGAAACACCCCAGGGGGCUCGGCGAUUCGGGUUCCGAGUGGAACUGGCGAAAGCGGAGACUACAGCGAUUCCGAUGGGGAUUACUCCGCGAUUCCGGGAGUGCCUGGAGUGGAUUACCCCAUUUACGCCCAGGUGCCGCGCACCAACUUCGAUUGCUCGCAGCAACCCCUGCCCGGAUACUAUGCGGAUAUAGAGGCCCAGUGCCAGGUGUUCCACAUCUGCGCUCUCAACCGGACGUACUCCUUCCUCUGCCCGAAUGGCACCGUCUUCAGCCAGGAGACGCUGGUCUGCGUGUGGUGGAACCAGUACGACUGUGUCUCGGCACCCAGUCUAUAUGCGAAUAACGCAUAUAUUUACGACUAUUCCGCGGGAAGUGGCUCGACUCUGGGAUCAUCCAACGCCAACAAUGCCUAUCGACCGGCUGCUGCUUCCACGACCGCCUUCGGGGCCCCAGUUGCCACGACGGGAACCCUUCGGUCGACCGGAGUGCCACAGGUUGCUGGUUAUAAUGCCGGUCGGGGGUCCUAUCCAUCGGCCACGCCCACGCCAGCCGCCCAGAACCAGAGUCCGUAUGGAGCAGGUGCCGUCCUUCGACCGGCCAUCGUUCCGAGCGGUGGAGUCAAUCGACUUCCGCCAGCUGGAGCUGCCGUGGGUCUCCUGGCCACCGCCGCUGGAGCUCUGCCCGAAAAUUCGGUGGCUGGCUUUGGCCAACAAGCGCCAAAUCAGCUGGUGGCAGGUGGUAAUCGUGAGUACCUUCCUCCUGCCAGCAUUGGUCAGCAACGGACGCGCGGAGGCACUAACGCAUAGUUAUCGCGAAACUGGCAAACCCCUGGCACCUGUACCCGGUUAUAUGGCAUUCAAACUAGCGACCCUAGAGUUAACCAUUUUAGAAUGUUAGGAGCUCCGAACAUUAGUUUUAGCAAUUAGUUUUAAAGCCCUUUUAUGAAAAUAUACUGAAAAGAACGCCUUUACAGAUAAA